AUGUAUUGGAUUCUGCAGUAUAAAAUCAAUGAAAUAGCAUGUCCCAUCGCUUUCAGAAAAUCUUCUAAUAUGAUUCAACUUCGCCCUAUGGUUCUUCUCUACAUCCUUCUUUCUUUGAUUGUCGCUGCGGUGGAGUCUUUCAAUGCUGCCCCCGGUAAAGGACAAUGUUAUGUGCCAAAAGGAGGUGACUGUUAUAGAUGCGAUUGUGUGAAACCAGCGAAAUGCUACAAAGGAGAGUGCCGAUAA